CCCAACGAGGAACAGCUGAUUACUGCAAAGGAAAUAUAAAAACUAUAAUAGGCUAUUUCGCCGGUACAGAGGCGUUCAAGAGUGUAUGUGGUGAUAAAAUGAAAACAGUUACAAUAUCCUAAAAGCGGAUAUACUGAAGUCAUCGUUGUAGUCGUUUAUUUCCCGAGAAGAUGUUUUCCAGACCGUUUCGUGUCAAAUCCAACACCGCAAUCAAAGGAUCAGACAGACGAAAGCUCAAAGCUGACAUAUCCACAGCAUUUCCUUCACUGUCUGCUGAUGAGCUGUCUGAGCUGGUCCCCAACAAAGACGAAUUAAAUGUAGUGAAGAUUUACGCACACAAGGGAGAUGCUGUGACGCUUUAUGUUCUUCACAAAAAUCCUCUGUUCUUUGAACUAGAGAAAAGACUCUAUCCUACAGUAUAUGUGCUUUGGCGCUACCCUGCUCUCCUGCCAGCAUUCGAGACAUGGCCUCCUGUGCUUCAGAAGUUAAUUGGAGGGGCAGAUCUGAUGCUGCCAGGUGUGGUGGUGCCGUCAGUUGGUCUCCCAGAUGUGAAACAGGGCGACUGCUGUGCUGUAACAUUAGUGAACAACAGGGCUCCUGUUGCAGUUGGCACUGCUGCAGUGUCCAGUGCAGAGAUGCACAGUUUGGGACUGAAAGGGAGAGGAGUGUGUGUUCUCCACACAUACAUGGAUAAUCUCUGGGCUUUUGGAGACAAGACAGGUCCCCCAUCUUUACCGGAUGCAGAAACUGAAGGACAAGGGGUUAAUGGGAAGGCAUGUGAGGUCAAUGAGGAGGAAGAGGAAGAGGUUGAGAAGUUUGCUGAGGAGGAGCAGAGUCCCACUGAAACCGUGCCAAAUCAAGCAUGCUGUGGUAUUGAGGAGCUGAGUCUGGCCGAGCAGGAGAAGGGUCAAAAGGACAAUGAGGAAGAGGAGGGCAACCAGGAUGACCAGAAAAUGCCACAAGAGAUCAUGGACGCCCUGCUGCUGCAGUGUUUCCUCCACGCUCUCAAGUGCAAGGUGAAGAAGUCAGAGCUCCCUCUACUGACCAGCACAUUUCUCCGCAACCACAUGUUCUCCUGCUGCCCAAGUGGAAAGCAGCUUGAUAUCAAGAAAUCAAGCUAUAAAAAGUUGUCCAAGUUUCUACAGGCCAUGCAGCAGCAGUAUAACCUUGUGCGUGUGAAAGAACUGACCAAGGGUGUGGAGAGCAUUGUGGAGGUGGACUGGAAAAAUCAAGAACUGCAUUCCUUCACUGUUCCUGAAGGGACAGGUGUUGAAGCAGCUGCGGUGCAGGAAGGAGGGGAAGAAACUCCGUACCAUCCUCCUGAAAUCACAACUCUGUACUCUGUGUCAGCUCGACUGGAGCCUCUCUUUCUGGACACAAACAAGAGAAAAGGAACAAUCCUGCAGCCCGCUGAAGUGAGAAAAAUAGUCACAGACUAUGUGAAGAAGAAUGAACUGGUAGAUGAAAAUAAUAAGAAUUUCGUGACCAUAAACCCCACUCUGUGUGACUGCUUGCUGGAGAAAUCAGAGUACCAGGAGGUAGAGUCUCUCAAGUGGGAUGACCUCUUUAGCAGGACGAUGGGCCGGAUGCAGGAAUGCUAUCAAGUCGUAUUCCCUGGACAAGCACCUAUAAAAAAGAAGGGCCACAUUGAGCCCAUAGACAUCUCUGUGGCUUCUCGAGGCUCCAAUAAGAAGGUGACUCUGAUAAAGAAUCUGGAAGUGUAUGGUUUGGACCCUACAGUCGUGGCCACUGUUUUGCAGCAUAGAGUCCAGGCUAGCUCCGUCUUGCAGCCCAUUCCUGGGUCCAAGGACAAAGUGCUGGUCCAGAUCCAAGGCAACCAGAUUCAUCAAGUUGGCAAUCUGCUGCUAGAUCACUAUCAAAUUCCUCGCAAGUACAUCCAAGGAUUAGACAAAGCUCCAAAAGGCGGCAAGAAGAAGUAGCGUUUGAACCCGCUACGCCAACCAUUUACUGUCUUUAAAGCUGAUUUCCUGAUGUGAACACAAUAACAGCAGUUCGUGUAAUAAAGUUAAUAGACUGUCAUUUUCUCAAGGUUGAUGACUAAAACUUAUCUGAUUUGUCUCUCUGAGUUCAUCGAGAGUACAGAUACUGAUUUGAUCAGCAACUUUGCCAGUAUUGUUUCACCACACAUUUGUUUCCAAUGAAGAAAACUCUUUCAGGUUUAGAUAUUCAAAAGGAUCAAAUUUAAAAAAUCAGUGGAAGUGAUCAAACAUUUAAUGGCAUGUCCAAAAAAGUUGAUUAUUUUUCAGCAGUAAAAGCAUUUUAGAGGAAAGUUUCCGCAUAAACGAACACGUUACAUCACGUCACGUUCCAGUGUUUGUUAGAGGAUUUCACUUAAUUUCUCUCUUUAAUGUAGACUUGAUGUCUUCAGCACAUUUUUUGUUGCAAAGGAAAUCAAGUUUUAACAACCUGAAUCUAUUUCAAAAUCAAAUGGUGCACUCUUCUCUCCUUGUAUCAGCUGUUGAUCGACUGUAUUCAGCGUUCAGCUUUUAACAUUUCACUGAAUGUUAUUUGCUCGUGGAUGAAAUGGUUUUGAGUUUUGAAGAAAGCAUAGUUUUACAUACAGUAAUUCUUUUUUUAUGAGUAUUUUUUUGGAAACAGGAAAUGACUCCCCAGCUGGAUGCAAACCAGGAACAUUUUGGUUCUUCCUCUGUGCCUUAACAGGCCAAAGGGAACCUCCAUAAGCAAUUCUUAACCGGUAUGUCCACAUUAGCAACACAAAGCUCAGCUGAAACAGUUGAGGAUUAGUGGCCUUGUGUUGGUGAUAAGGUAAGAUGUUCCAUGAUUUGUGGAAAACGUGGAUGCAAUGAGGGGUGACAGCAGUUUUCUUUUUUUUAAAAAAGCCAGCAUUUUGUACGGUGUUUCUUAAAGUUAAAAGCUGCAGGAUUUCACGCUGGGUAGGUCACCACACCAAAGGAAAUUUAGAAUUUCUCAGUGGUAAGUUCUUUCAAACUCCUCACAUAUUUUGCUGUUAUUCGUCAUUUGAUUUUGGUUGUUUUUGUCAGGGUCUUUUUUUUAUUUUUUUAGCAACAGACUCAACUUUAACUUGUCAACCAAGGCUGUGUGCAAUUACGCAACCUCAGAUAUGUUGAGGUCAGUUCUUGGUGGUGACCAAUCUAGUGUUCCAUCUGCAUAUGAGCUUUAUCAUGUUUGUUGUGUUUUUGAUGAAGAUAUUUUAGUGGUAAAGAUGGAAUUUAUACCUCUGUUGUUUCCCUGAAGGCAAUCAAGAUUUAUUUAUAAUUUUGUCCAUAUCCUGU